UCCAAUGAAGCGCCCUGGAUCCUCACGGUUGGUGCUAGUACUAUCGACAGGAAAAUAAGAGCGACUGCCGUUCUUGGAAACAACCAGACAUUCGAUGGCGAGUCGACCUUUCAACCAAUGGAUUUCCCACCAACAUCGUUGCCUCUUGUAUAUGCUGGUAUGCUCAACACGAGUGAUCGUAAUAUCCAAUUUUGCACCGCAGCAUCAUUGAACAGAACUGAUAUACGAGGGAAGAUAGUAGUGUGUGAAAUAGGAUUCACAACAAGAAUUGCAAAAGGAAGAGCAGUGAAGGCCGCCGGUGGCGCCGCCAUGAUUCUGGUAAAUCCUGCAAGCUAUGCGAACCUUACUCUUUCCGAAUCCCACGUCCUUCCAGCAACGCACGUAAGUUACGCCGAUGGAUUAAAGAUCAAGACUUAUAUAAACUCAACAUCCACACCCACGGCCGCAAUUGUGUUCAAAGGAACUAUCAUUGGCGAUGAUCGUGCGCCUGUGGUGGCUGCAUUUUCCUCCAGAGGACCGAACUAUGUGAGCCGCGGCAUCCUGAAACCCGACAUUUUAGGCCCUGGAGUGAACAUUCUUGCAGCAUGGCCUGUCUCAGUUGAGAACAACACAAACACAAAUGCCACAUUCAACAUCAUCUCUGGUACAUCCAUGUCAUGCCCACAUCUCAGUGGAGUUGCUGCCCUGCUCAAAAGCUCGCACCCUGAUUGGUCUCCUGCUGCCAUCAAAUCAGCAAUCAUGACUACAGCCGACAUCCUGAAUCUGGCCCAGAACCCGAUCGAGGACGAAAGGUUCCUUCCUGCCAACAUAUUCGCCACUGGCUCAGGCCAUGUGAACCCGUCAAGAGCAAACAAUCCAGGACUCAUUUACGAUAUCCAACCAAAAGACUACAUUCCUUAUCUGUGCGGUUUGAACUACACGGACCGACAAGUCGCCUCAAUUUUGCAACGCAAGGUGAAUUGCUCAGCGGAAUCAAGGAUACCGGAAGCUCAGCUCAACUACCCUUCAUUUGCUCUCACUUUUAGUCCAUUUCAGCCAACUGUUCAGACAUAUACCAGGACAGUAACAAAUGUCGGCGAGGCAAAUUCAUCUUACGUGGUCAAGAUCGUCCCACCACCUGGAAUUGAUGUAGUUGUUGAACCCUCUAAGCUCGAUUUCUUGGAGGUUAACCAGAAACUGCAAUAUCAGGUGACGUUCAGCCGACUAAACUCCAGCUCGAACAUUGGUGUUGUUCAAGGUUACCUGAAAUGGAAUUCUUCCAGGCGCUCUGUCAGGAGUCCUAUUGCCGUUAUACUGCGUUGAUUAAAGAACCUGGAAGAAUAUAUCUUUCUAGCAAAAUAUUGCGUUCUGUUUAACAAACUGUCAUGAAUUGGUUGAUGUUGUUAAUGAUGUUAGUAUAGAUAUAACCUGGGAUGUUAUAAUUGCUAAUAAUAAUUUGUUGCUGAACUAUUCAUCUCGUUGUUUUGUAAAUUCAGUAACAUGAUUCUUGUUCUGUUCA